CUGCUGGUUGUUGCUGCUCCCGUUCCAAUCAUGAAUCAGAGCGAGGCCACGGCGCUGAUCGUCCAGCAGCAGCAGCAAUCUCCCCAGACGGCCCGAGCGAUGAUGAGCCGCCGCACGCGCGUGGUGCUUGGCGCCAUUCUCGCCAUCGGCCUCGUCUGCGGUGCUGUUGCACUCGCCGUGUCCAUGUCCUCGUCCUCGGCCUCGUCCUCGUCCGAAGCGCAGGGUCGUCGGACUGGCGCCACCUACCCCGUCGCCUGCCCCGCCGCCCCGGCCAACCCGGAAGACCGCCGCACGGACAAGUCGCGUCUGCGUGUGGCCAGCUUCAAUGCCGAGUGGCUCUUCCUCGGCCAGCUCGCCCCGACGGGCGCUCGCGAGAGUGGCACCGACGACAAGCGCAGCAGUCAAUCAAGUGAUUCGGACGUGCACCGCCGCGGCGCCAUCUCUUGCCCCGGAGACUGCACUUGGACUACCCCGCAAGAGGCCGUGCAGCACUUUGACCGCGUCGUCAAGGUUCUCAAGGACGUCAACGCCGACAUUAUCAACCUCGUUGAAAUAGAAAACUGCACCAUUCUCUACUACCUGGUCAAUGCUCUGCCCGGCUUUGGUUACAAGCCCUACCUGAUUACUGGCACUGAUACUGCCACUGGCCAGAAUGUCGGCAUUCUCACUCGCGUUGACCCUUACAUGGCCAUGACGCGUGACGAGUCGCGUCAAAACUAUCCCGUCCCUGGCACCCAGUGUGCUGCCGCGACCGCUUCUGGCACCACUGGUGUCUCCAAGCACUACCUCACUGCCUUCCAAAUCAACAACAAGAAGGUUGGCAUGAUGGGUCUGCAUCUCUUGUCGCAGCCUUGGCAAGCAGAGAACUGCCGCAAGCGCGAGGCCCAAGCCUUGGUUGCACGCAAUGCUGCCGACACGAUUCUUGCGGGCGUCGACGAGCUCAUCUUCCUCGGCGAUUUCAACGAUUACGACGGCACCGUUUUGGACAUUGCUGGCUCAGUUCCCACUUCGCGCACGCUCGAGUACCUCAAGACGCCAAUCAACCCUAGCACUGCCCACCUCGCUCUCUCGAACGUGGCGUCGCAUGUUCCACUGGAAAACCGAUACACUUCCUGGUGGGACAAGGACAACAGCUGCGUUGACGAAGGUGGCGAUGAACACACGUCGAUCGACCACAUGCUUGUGAGCGCUGGCCUCGCUGCGGGUAUCCAGAAUGUGCUGUUCGAUCACGAGUUUGUGGCAUGCUGCCAGUGCGUGAGUGACCACUGGCCUGUUGUGGUUGACUUCGCCGUGUAAAAAAAAAAAAAAAAGAUGUUGCUAUUGCUGUUGUUGCUGCUGCUGCUGAGAUCGCCGUGUCAAGGUUGUUUGUUCGCUCAAGUUGUUUUUAAACGUUGUUACUCUUUGUAUCUCUUCUUGGAUGCAACUGUGCAUUGACCUGAUUUGUUUCCAAGCUUACCAAACGCCAACGAA